GAUUUAAGAUUUGGUUUUUACUUUCAUAAAAAUUCCGGAAUAGGGAUUGAGAGUACUUACCAAGAAAACAGCUGGCAAUGACGAUGACAGAUUUGGAUCCGAUGUUUGUCAAAGCUCUGCGGCUGCUUCACUCUAAGAGCAAGGACUCAGCUGAUCAAUUGAAACAAUUACUGGACGAUGUCCUUCAUGCCAAGAAAGGUCAAAAGGGAAGUGCAAGCUCUGACUCCAAGUCAUCUUCAUCAUCAUCUAAGUCAUCACACAAAGAAAAAGAAGAAAGCAAGUCCAAAAAACGAGAGGCAGAAAAACGGAACAUUGAAAAGGUGAAGCAAGAGAACUUAGAAGUUACUGAUGAAAUUCCACCCAAAAAAUCACGAAAAGAAUCUCCCAAACGUCCAAUUACUCCCUCAAGUGAUGAAGAGAUGAAAGUCAAAGAUAUCAAACAAGAACCUGCGGAGAAACCACAGAGUAAAGACAAAGAAGAGAAAGAGAAGUCCCGGAAAGAGGAGGAAAAGAAAGUGAAACAAGAAAAGGAUGAGAAAGUGAAAGUAAAAGAAGAAACCAAAGGUUCUGGGGACAGUGAUGAUGAUUUCAAUGACUUUGCCAUUGGACUCGAUAUCGCUUGUGUUGUUUGCAAAUCUUUUGAUGUCAAGACUGGAAAUCAGCUGGUUGAGUGCCAGGAGUGUCACCACUUGUAUCAUCAGGAAUGUCACAAACCUCCAGUUACUGAACAAGAUGUCCACGAUCCCAGAUUCGUCUGGUACUGCUACAAAUGUACCAAGAGUCUCAAGAAAAUGGUGAAUAAACCGAGUAAAAACAAAGCAGAGGAUUCCAAAGAAAAAGCCCGUUCCUCCAGCUCUAGCAAGUCCAGUAAGAGUGAUCCAGCUGGACUCUUCAACUUCAGGAAGGUUUCCACUUCAAAUAACAGUUCUAGUAGUUCAGGAGGUAAACCUUUGAGUGGACUAGCUAGUCUAGCAGCUAAACCCACUGGUGGAAUGGGAGGCGUUUCUGCUAAACCUAUGAGUGGACUAGCGAGUCUAGCAGCCAAUCUGUCAGGAAAGUCAGAGCAAACAAAGCUGGCUAAAGCAGAGCCAGGCAAAUCUCCAAAAUCCGACCAAUCAAAAUCUUCUUCUGGAAAAUCUGACCAAUCACGCUCAGGCAAAUCAGAAUUACAGAGAUCAAAUUCCAUUUCAUCCAAAACAGACAUUGGAAAACAGAGAUCUGAUCAGUCCUCUGAAAAGUCAAGUGGAAUGUUAAAAUCCAGCUCUUCGUCGAAACUUAGUUCUAAAUCAGAAGACUCUAAAUCAAAGUCGUCAUCAGAGAAGUCAAAAUCGGAGUCAGGGAAAUCCAAAUCUAUGGUAGACCCCGCUAAGAUUGAGGCACUCAAGGCCAAGACUGCAGCAGGUGAUUCAUCCAAAUCAAAAUUACCCCCUAGCUCACAAUUUGAAGUUCCCAAGUCAAAGGCACCAGUGUCUAGUAAACAAACCGCAGGAGGGAGCACGUCCGUGGUUAAUGCAGAAAAAAGGCUUCAGAUGAUGAAGAAGAAAGCGGCUGUCAAAAUCCAAGAAAAGAGAGCCUCACUUAAGUAAUGUUAAUUGACAGAAGAAGAGGGGGCUCAUCGAUUUGUGUUUAAUAUAUUUGUCCAAUUUUUAGGGUGAUAUUUUGUACAAACAUUUUAACAUCAGCAUGUGACUGGGAAGAUCUGGAUGAGGUUGAUUUUUCAUGCUGUAAGAAGGAAUCAAACUGUAAAUAUCAUUAUAGCUGUCAAGGUCAUAAUAAUGUGAUGUUAAAAAUAAAUUAUCUCCACUGUC